AUGGGAAAGAGAAAACGAAGAGCUGACCGGAACAAGACCCCUCCUUUUCCAGCAUUUGCAUCUCACACCUCUCAAAUGGAAUCAUCAUUAAAAGAGAAAUCUUCUCAUUCGGUUGGCUCUACUGGAGCAAAGUCCACGUCAUCAUCUCUCAUGAAUAACAAGGAAAAAUCACCGCAAGGCCACCACCAGUCAGCCGCCAAUCACCGCCACCACAAUGUUAACCGGACAUUGUCAUCAAAGGUGCCACGUCACUACUACAGUCUCCAACAUUCACAACAAAAAGCUGCAAAUUAUUCAGGCACUUCAACUUCUCAUGGAAAGAAUAAUGACAAACAUUCUUGGAAGUUUGGUCAUAGGCCAGAAUCAGGAUUCGGGUAUCAUGGAGGGAGGAACAAUAAGGGAUCACGAAGAGUUGACCAAAUUAGGUCAAAUUCCAUGAUGAUAAGUGCAAUUUCCCCAAAUGUAAUGAAUAUGGAUUGUGGAUUAUGUCGACAAAGAAUGAGUGAUUUUUCAGUUGUGGCAGUUUUAGUUUGUGGUCAUUUUUAUCAUGUGGAAUGUUUGGAAACAAGAACUAGUAAUGAAGAUAGAAGGGACCCACCAUGUCCAUUGUGUAUUCCCUCAGGUGUCAAUAAUUGA